AUUCAUGUUGAGCCGGAAAAUGAGAAAUGACAUCCAAGGCCGAAGGUCAUAUUUUGUGCUUUAAUAUCUUGAAGUUGACGGCAAACACGAAUCACAAAAAUCGCCUGGAAAGUGAACAGAUUUUAUUUCAAAACAUAUAUAUUCAGGAUUAGUCAGCUUAUUGAUAAUACGGAGGAUUCUGAAGCAGUGCUUUUGAUUUCAUCAAUACUGACCCAAAUACGAGAGCCUUCAUAAAUCAUGGCGUCCAUCAUUAAUAAUGAGAGACAAAUUGGAUCUAGGAAAGUGUGGAUUUUCUGUGCCUUUAUAAUGCUAAUCCCAAGUUUAACACAAUGUGAGUCUGAAACUGUCGAAUGGGACAUUCGCCUUCGAGACGGCGGAAGUUCGAGCAGAGGAAGGGUAGAGGUCUACCUUGAUGGAAUGUGGGGUUCUAUCUGCGCAGCUGAAGAUGCUUUUCUUUACCGGACAUCAAGGAUUGUGUGCGGAACAUUGGGCCUAAACUCUACGAAUGUGCGAGAGUAUACAACAGAUCGUGGGAGUAGUAAUCUGCACAAUAUAAGCAUUGCUCAUUGCUUUUUGAAUAUUGGCGGACCGUUAGAAAGAUGUUCAUAUCUAAACCUCUCAUCAUGUAACGCUGACGAGCAGGUUUUGGCAGUUGAAUGUGGUACCGUUCUGGGCGACAUUCGACUGGUAAAUGGAUCAACCAGUGAUGAGGGGAGGGUCGAGAUCUUCAUCGGCGGAGAAUGGGGGACAAUCUGCGAUGACGGUUGGGAUGAUAACGAUGCUUUUGUUGUUUGUAAGCAGCUAGGAUACCACAAGGAGGGCGCUAAGGCAGUGAAUGGGAGUGUAUAUCCUGAGGGAAGUGGUGCGGUACACUUCGGUUAUUCUGACUGCGAUGGAUCAGAAAGGAGACUUUAUUGGUGUAAUAGGGCCGAUUGGGGGGCAAGUAGUUGUGGUCACGACCGAGAUGCCGGAGUGGUGUGUCCUUCUACUGUGGAAGGUGACGUCCGUCUUGUCGGUACUGACAACUAUUCGGGUCGCCUGGAAUACUUUCAUAAUGACGAAUGGGGCACUAUCUGUCGUGGUAUCAGUGAUUACUUUGAUGAUUGGAAUGACGUAAACGCUUGGGUAGUUUGUUUCCAGCUCGGGUUCAAGCCAUUUAGUGGAUUUAGUGAACAAUGGAGCAGUUAUGGGAAUCCGCCUGCUCCUAUACAUUUGAAUAAUGUCGGGUGUUCAGGGAAAGAGACCAGACUAGAAUCAUGCCAAAGUGACCUGUCGGGUGUAGGCUGUUCUCACUUCUCAGCUGUAUGGAUACAUUGCCAUCUUCCUUCUGAUGGAGAUAUCCGAUUACAAGGUGGUACACUUACAAUUGAGGGUCGCGUCGAGACAUUCUACAGAGGAAGAUGGGGGUCCGUCUGCGCCUCGAACUGGGGGGCCACUGAAGCUUGGGUUGUUUGUCAGCAGUUGGGGUUUAAACCCCGUACAGGAUUCGCAGUCAGUGGUGCUGGAUACACGUCGGGUAUUGGCCGCAUGCACCUUAACAAUGUCUCCUGUCAAGGACAAGAAUACCACAUUGAUGAAUGCGUCAGCAACAACGUGUUUGAAUUGGGCAGUUGUGGGGAUGAUGGCUAUGCUGCCGUCUAUUGCCCAUUGGAUCUUCAAGAUGGGGAUGUCCGACUUGUGAACGGUGUUGGUCCAAAUGAGGGUCGGGUUGAAAUAUUCUACGGUGGCGAAUGGGGGAGUGUGUGUGAUGACAGGUGGGACGAUGUAGACGCUCAGGUAGUUUGCAGGCAGUUGGGUUAUAGAACAGACGGUGCAGCGGCUACAACGUUAGCUUCGUUUGGUCGGGGUCCUGAUGCAAUACAUCUUGAUGAAGUCGAAUGUAGUGGAAUUGAAGCUCGGAUGGAAGACUGCAGCCGCAAUGGCUGGGGUGUCAACGACUGUACGCACUACGAAGACGCAGGAGUUGUGUGCUCUGUUCACCGGGAAGGUGAUGUUCGACUGGCUGGUGGAGCCACCACAAACAAAGGUCGAGUGGAGAUCUACACUAAUGGCCAAUGGGGAGUUGUAUGCAAUCAUAUGUCUUUGAGCUGGACCGAUACUGACGCUGCAAUCGUUUGUCGACAGCUUGGAAUGUACAAUAAUGACAGUGGGGAAGUCAUCGACAGUAUCGCUGACCAGCGUGUAGGUCCGGUACACAUAACUGACCUUAACUGUGACGGCACAGAGAAGAGACUGGACGAGUGCAGAAGCAGCAGCAAUAACGCUACUUACUGUGCAACUAGUGAUGUUGCCAUGGCCCGGUGCAUAAGUCCAAUGGAAGGAGCUGUCCGCCUUGUAGGAGGUUCAAGCCUCGACGAAGGCAGAGUCGAAAUUUUCCAUGAUGUCCGAUGGGGUAGAGUUUGCGCAACUAGUAUUUGGAGCGUUGCAGAGGCAAGGGUGGUCUGUAGGCAGCUCGGCUAUACUGGGAAUGAAGCAGCGGUCAGUUAUGCUUUUGGCAUUGGAUCGGGGCCGAUUUACUUGGAUUAUGUCACCUGCUCAUCCUCGGAGGAUCGUUUGGAAGACUGUGAUCAUUUAGGAUUGGGUAUUGUUCCCAUUUCUGCAAGAAUCGAUGCUGGGGUGCAAUGCAUUCUGCCAGCAACAGAACAGCCGUUGGUCUUCACAGUGGACGAAAUUCGAUUGAAUGGGUCUUCGGCGGAAAACGAAGGCCGGCUAGAAGUCUUCACACACGGGCGAUGGGGAACUGUGUGCGGAAAUAACCAACUGUACGUCCAAGAAAGUAUGGCCGAGGUCGUAUGCAGGCAAUUGGGAUUCUCCGAUCAGGAAGCCGAAGCCAUUGACAGUGCUUUUUACGGCAGUGGUACAGGGCCGAUAUGGCUGAGACGCAUUUAUUGUGUCGGGACUGAGUCCGACCUGAACAGCUGUAUUCUUUACAGCUGGUCCAGCGGUUCCUGCACGAGCAGUGAAGUUGUAAGCAUCAGGUGCCAGAACCGCGCAAGUAAUAAUCCUCGAGUCGUCGGGACCAUUGCUUUCAUCGGCGUGUCUCUGUCCCUCCUUACACUGGCCAGUUUUGUCGCCGUGUGCUAUACCUGCACCAAUGCCAAGCCCGUGAAAUUUGCAGAGGGGACGCGACAGGGCAAUAUCCUGGGUGAAACUAGUCCUACCAACGAAGGAACGGAUGUUACGUCCUCCUUCUAAUUCUUAUCCCAUGAUCCUUUAAGGCCACUUCGCAUACCUUAUGAUUGGUCUGCGAUCCGAUUUUGAAAUAAAACGUUGUAAAAUUUGAUGCGAAUAUAUUGAGACAUGGAAAAAAAAAGUUCUUAAUCAUCGUAGGAAUAUUUAUGAACAAAUCUGUGGCUAUGCUACCAUCCUGUUUAUAGUAAAAGCGAAUUGAAUAUCUAGUCGUAGUGACGUCAUAACAAUCGCAAGAUUGACAACAAUUUGAAGCCAAUAUUGCCUUCACUCCAAAAUUAAGAUUUGGAAACAUCCAAAAAAUUAUAUUUUAGUAUAAUUAUAGUUAAUUUGAACAUAAUGAAAAGGAUACUUUUAAGAAAAUGAGCAAAAUGCUACUUGUUUUAAAAUCGCAUCGUGGACCUGUCGUAAGAUGUUUGGAGGCCUUCAGGAGACACCAUGGCCACAGUCUACUCCGGUAAUAGGUCGAAUGAAUGAGCAGUAGCAGUUCUCUUUUUUUCUAGCGUGUCUAGUAUUUUGCUAGCCUUGUGUUUGAAGCAGUAUGCAUAAAGAACAAAGUUAUUGCUUUGUUGGAAACUUAAAAUUUGUUUGCUCUUAAUUUUAUUCGCACAGCUGUGACUGCUAUUGUGUAAUGAAAGGCAAGUGCCGAAACCUCGGGCGAGAGAAAUGGGUACAAUUCAAACAAACUUUUUAUAGCCUUUACGAUCAGGUAGGAAAACAGAAGCUUGUUUGUCUUAUAACAUUUCAGUAACUUUCCAGUAAAAAUCAAAUGAUUCCUUUCGUAUUAACUUAUUCACUUUGAUUAUUUAGCUUUAAAAACAAUUACUUUUGUCAUUUUUCGUGGGAUUGUGUGUAUUGUAUAAGGCCGAAACAAUUCUGUAUGAUUCCGCUUUAAGCAAACGACUGCAAUAAUUGCUCUUUUUAAAUUUCGCCUUCUUUAGAGACGACUGUUGAAUUUUUCUGUCUCAAUUAACUAUCAGUUGAUUUCGAACGAAAUUAGUGCUUGUGGAUGUAGCCAGUGGCUGCAUUAUUAUGGAUUUUUUUUUAAUGAUCAAUAGUAAUAUUAACUAUAAUAGAUCUUAAAAUCAUAGAUAUUUAGUACUCUAGUUAUUUGAAAACCGUUUGCAGAGUCAUGGAUUUUUUUAGUCUAACCUUGAGUUCAUGUUAUUAUACUUAAAUUUUAUAUCCUUCAUGAAUAUCACUGAGAGAAAAUAAAGGGUUUACUGUAAUUCACGUAUUGAUUUUAUUAUGGUAUACACCCAACUAUUACAUUGUUGUAGUUUUUCCUUUAAAUGUUCUCUUUUAAGAACAUAGCUGGAUUUAUAAACAUGGCGCGUGAUUCCAGGGUGGUGUAAAUUUUUUAGGGUACAUGAAUUGAUUAAAACCCUACUGGUAAAGUUG